AUGGCUGCGGCCGCACCCCCGCCACCGCUGCCGCCGCCGCCGCCGCCGUCGCUCACCGCUGAGACGCUGACCAGCCGCCAGCUGGCCGCGGCCGCCGUGGCCUCUGCCGUCGGCGGCGCGUUCUUCCUCGCCCUCUGGGCCUUUGUGCGAGGACCGCUGCGCCACAUCUACCAGAAGCGUACGCAAAUCACCGACCUGCACGCCCGCCCGCCGCCGAUGCGCGUGCGCGGACUGCUGCACCGCUGCUUGGGCUUUUUGGCACCCGUCUUCCUGCUGACCGAUGCCGAGCUGCUGCAGACCGCUGGCCUGGAUGCCCUGAUGCUGUGCCGCUUCCUGGCGCUGGGCCUCCAAGUGUUCGUGCCCAUCUCUGCCCUCUGCUGCGCCGUGUUGGUACCGCUGACCAGGACCGGUACCGCUGUUGAGGACAGCGCUGAGUAUGCCAACACCGCUGAGUUGAUGCGGUACACCCUCAGCAACGUGGAGGAGGGCUCUCCCAAGCUGUGGGCUCCCUUUGCGCUGAGCUACGUCGUUCUCGGGUACACCGGCUAUGUGCUGCUCAUGCACUACAAGUCGUACGCGCUGCUCCGCCUUCUGCACCAGCGCUUAGGCAUGCGCGGGGCGGCGGCAGACGGGCCGCCCAGCAUGGCCAUUGUCGGGAUGGAGCGGCGGGGCUGGAAGCAGGCUGCCAGCCUGCUGCUGACGCUGAUCAGCCCGCUCCAUAUGCAUCACCAGGACGCCAAGCACGUCAGGGAGGUGAUGGCAGUGCACGAUGCCGCGGAGCUGGCGGCGGCUCGCAGCGCGGCGGCCGACGGCAGCCCGCAGGCCGCGGCGGGCGACAUGAACCUGGAGCCGGCACAAACAGCUGCCUUCGGUGGCUCCAGCAGCGACGGCGAUGAUGGUGGGGAGGAGGCGGAGGACGAGGAGGCUGCAGGGUGCAACACAGGUGCCGGCAGCGCCGGCGCCAGCGUGGAUGGCAGCAAGCUGGCCAGGCCCGACAGCGACGGGAUGCCGGUGGUGCUGCCCUGGUGGCUGCCACCCGAGCAGGUGCCGGCAGAGGUGUCAGCGGAGCUGGGGACCAGCGGCGUCAUCAGCGGCAAGUCCUGCUGCGUGCUGCGGGGGCGCGUGCGGGGCGUCACGCCUGCGGGGCGCACCGUCUGGGCUCAGGCAUCCCAGUAUGCCGUGCUGUGGACGGUGAUCGGGCCGCCGCCGUCGCGAGAGCUGCACAGCUUGCUGCGCUCGCGCGGCCCGUCGCCACGCCUGGCGCCGCCCAGCAUCCGAGUGGACGGCGGCGGCAGCCAGCAGGCUGAGGCCGACGGCGGCGGCGGCGCCGGCAGCCAGGGCAUGAGCAAGGGCGGCAGCCGUGGGGGCAGCAGCGCCAGCCUGGCACCGGGCAACCCUCAGCAGGCAGGCCCGGAGGCUGAUGCCAUCGCCGGCCACCUGGCUCGCUCCCUGAAGGAGUUCUUCCCUCAGUCAUUCAGCCGUCUAGUGCGGGUGCAUGACCACCUGGCUGUGGACCGGCUGUUGGCCAAGCAUGAGGACGCCGCCACCUGCCGCGAUCGAGCUCUGACCGCGGUGGCUGCGGCACGCGCUUCGCUGAGCGCGGCCGAGGCGGCGCCAUCUGCGGGGCCGGCGCAGGACGGCGGCGGCAGCGGCAAGGCAGGUGGUGGCGGCAGCGGCAGCGGUGGUGGCAGGAAAGCGGCCAGGGCGGCUGCCAGGCUGGCGCGCGCAGAGGCGGGGCUGGCCAAGUGGCAGGGGCGGGUGGAGGAGCUGGAACAGCAGAUUGUGGCGGCCCGGCAGCACGCGCUGGCCAGGCCGUUAGGGACUGCCUUCAUUGCGCUCUUCAGGACGCAGGCCGCGGCAAUGAUGGCGGCACGCCUGGAGUCCUCUGUCCUUCCCUCUGGAAACUUCUCGGUGCAGCUGGCGCCCGGGCCCGACAACAUCAACUGGCCCGCGCUGUGGACGCCCUGGCUGCAGCGCGUGUGGCGUGGCCUGGCCGUCAUCCCGCUGCUGGCCGUCGUCAUGCUGUUCCCCAUCGGCACCCUGACCGGGGCGCUGUCCAACCUUAACACCGCUGUGUGUGGCGGCUCGCCUGAGACCAACAAGCUGUAUUGGCCGUGGUACUGCCAGUCCCGCAGCUUCGGGGCGGAGCUCAUGAAGGAGCUGCUGCAGGGCCUCCUGCCUGCCAUUCUUUCCACCUGCUGGGACACAUACGUCCUGCCCCUGGCCUUCUACUUCUUGGCUCAGUCUGGACAGCGCCACCUGGCGCUGUCCGACCUGGACCGCCGCAUCACCGCCCUCUUCUACUGCUUCUCGGUCAGCAACACCUUCCUCAUGAGCGUCCUGGGCGGGGCCGUGUUCCAGCAGAUCGGCUCCCUGGUCACCAACCCAACCAAGUGGCUGCAGCUGCUGGCCACCGCGCUGCCCUCAGCGUCCAUCUGGUUCAUGGACUAUUUGGUGGUGCAUGCCCUAGCGAUCAACGUGUGGCGCUUCGCCUGGCCCCACGACGGCACCGUGCUCUUUGUGCUGUUCCGCGGCGUCGGCCUCUUCCGGCCCAACUGCGAGCGCGACCGCUGCAUGAUCCGGUCCACGCCCUCCCUGCGCUCCGGCCGCCACUACGGCGCCUUCCUGCUCAUACAGAUCAUGGCGCUCUCCUACGCUGUCAUCGCGCCUCUGCUGCUCCCGAUGGCCGCCUUCUACUUCCUGACGGCCUGGGUGACCUGGCGCUACUGUGUCCUGCACUUCUACGAGCGAAGCUACGAGUCAGGGGGCCGCAUCUUCGAGAUCCUGUUCACCCUGGUGGUCUGGACCGGCGUGCUCUUCACCCUCUUCUCCUCCCUGGUGCUGGCCUCCAAGAAGGCCUGGAGCCCCUGCCUGCUCAUGCUAGCCACGCAGCUGCCCAUGCUGUACGUGUACCACAGGAAGGUGCAGCUGUCGGUGGGGCACUACGCUCGCGUGGUGCCCAUGCAGUCCACGCUGCAGGCGCCAAAGGUGGAAGUCGACCCCGCCACCUACCUGCCGCCGCCGCUGCGCCCCGGAGCAGUGGGCUGGUAUCCCGAGUGGGGCAAGGUGUGGGAGAAGUACGGCAUCAGCCGGCACUCGUGGUAGGAAGCUGGUAGGAAGCCGGCGGCAGGAGCCGGACGUUGACCAAACCUCUGUCGAGCAGGCACGCUCGCUGUGCCUGCAAGCCUUGAGCGGCGCCUGCUGCAAGCGGCAGCCUCUUACAUGUCAGCUGGCGGCACACACCCGCUGGCCGUCGGCUGGUCGCUAACACAUAAUCUGCGCUGUAAACUUGAGAGAAACAA